UCAUGAACUUCCCUGUGGAACAUGGAGUGUAGUAGCUUCAUGUUUUGAAUGUUUUGUUCAUCUCUCUCUCUCUUUCAUCCUACUUUCAAUGUCUAGCUUCUUCUCUUUCUUGUUUGAGUGAGUUUUUGCACCCCACAACACCAAAAAAGGAUUACAAGAGGCCCCUUUUGUUGGGUGUUUUUUAAGUGUGGUAUUUGAUGGUUGCAAUGGCGUACGGAGAGAUUAAGAUAAGGAACUUUGAGAAGCAUAGGGACACUGCAAAGGUGGAAGAUCUUGAGAGGAAGUGUGAAGUGGGGCCUAGAGAGAGCUCAUUUCUCUUCACUAACACCAUGGGUGACCCCAUCUGUAGGGUCCGAAACAGCCCACAAUACAAAAUGCUGGUUGCUGAAUUGGAAAAUGAGGUGGUAGGGGUCAUUCGUGGUUCGAUAAAGAUCGCAACAGUAAGUGGCCCACCCAAAGAUCAAGCUAAGGUUGGCUACAUACUCGGCCUUAGAGUCUCACCCCUUCAUCGUAGGAGAGGGAUUGGUUUGAGCUUGGUGCGGCAACUUGAGCAGUGGUUUGAUUCCAAUUAUGUUGAAUACGCCUAUAUGGCCACUGAGAAGGACAACGAAGCUUCACUUAAGCUGUUCAUUGGCAAGUUAGGGUUUAUCAAGUUCCGGACGCCGAUGAUACUAGUAAAUCCUGUCCGCAGACGUAGUAUCCACAUAUCAUCCAGGAUUAAGAUCACGAAGAUCAAGAUGGAACAAGCUGAGCAUCUCUACCGUCGAUUCAUGGGCACGGCCGAAUUCUUCCCGCGAGAUAUCGAUCAGAUCCUAAAGAACAAGUUGAGCUUGGGUACAUGGGUUGCUUAUCCACUUGACGAGUCAUGGGAGCACCAUGAUUGUGUACCAACCAGUUGGGCUAUGUUAAGCGUGUGGAAUACAGCGGACGUUUUCAAGCUAAGGGUAGGGAAACCUUCCCUCAGCUCUGUUCUAUACGCAAAAGCCUCAAGUUUGGUCGACCGAAUCUUCCCAUGGCUAAGAAUACCUGUUCUACCGGACGUUUUCAAUGAAUUUGGAUUCUACUUCUUAUAUGGAGUGCAUGGUGAAGGCCCUCGAUCAGGCAUGCUUGUGCAUUCCUUGUGCCAAUUUGUACAUAAUCUGGCAACCAUGUGUAAGGAUUGUAAGAUUAUCGUUACAGAGAUUGGGCCGUGGGACGCGCUGCGGCACCACAUACCUCACUGGCAAUCACUAUCAUGUCCUGAGGAUUUGUGGUGUAUAAAAUCACUGAGAAGUAAAGAGGAGAAGACUCUGCUUGACUGGACUAAAAGACCACACCCGCGAGCCAUUUUUGUGGACCCCAGGGAGGUCUAAAAUAAUAGAAAAAGAUCAUAAGUGGGCCUGGAAUUGUUCGUCAUCAAUCAUCCAUUCGCUACAAGAACUUUUGUCGCAUUACUUUCCUGUCAAUGAUGUAACAGUGAAAAUCUCCAACGAUUUCCUAAUUUAGGUGCCCACAUUGGCGGUAGGUCGGCUUUCCUAUUAAGUUUCGGUGAUGCUGUGUGGAAUAGCCAAUGAGUGAAGAAACGUUAGAGAUAUGAACUCUUCUGGUGGGUAUGGGCCACUUAGUCAUGUCCCAUCUCAGGCAUUUUGGACGGCCCACCAUGUCCUACCUUCUCGACACCAAUGUGCCCACUUCAAAGGGGAUGAGAGUGAAAGGUUGCAAGUCAAGGAAAUAAAAGA